CGAUAUGAAAUUGAAUAAGGUGGACGUGCCAUCCUUUUGGCCUUCUAAAAGACUGUAAGAGGAACGUUUAUUUUCCAGAAGGUCCCUUCUGACAAUGAAGAUACCAAUAGAGCAAUGAUGAUGUACGCCUGAACUCCAGGGCAACACCGGGAGCAAAACUUCAUUUCACGGUAAUUGAAGAGAAAGCUACACCGCCUUCCUGAUAAACGACACUCGUCUGAAGUGCUAACGCAUCGUUUAUUGUUGAAGGCGCUGUCGUUCCCACAGGAACUGCCGUUCAAAACUCUGGAAAGGCCCCCCCUCCCCAAUCUGUGAGAAAGGGAAACUACACCUCCCUCCAGAUCUCUCCUUUUUCAGUUCAUCAGUGACAUUUGGUGCUACUGGACUCAUGUUAUAGAAGCAAUGCCUCUUGCUCUUGCAUUAAUUUUCAUAACCGACACAGAGAAAAAAACAGAAAGAUGCCCAGAGUGAAGAGGAAAAACUGAGAGAUUGAGAGACUGAGCUCUGUGUACGUUAUUUCAUCUUGGUCCAUGAUUUCAUUGACCUGUCCAGAUGGAUUCUUUCAACUUUUACUUUGAGAGAAUGAGCAGUCUUGAUCUACAUCAUCUCAGUCUUCCUGUUAGUCGACUUUCACCGGCAAAAUCCACAAGCAGCAUAGACCAGUACUCUCACCACCACGGAAAGGGAGACUCUGCAUACAGCUCUUUCUCUGGAGGCUCCACUGCCCCUGACUACCCUUCUCCAUUCCCCUCUGAUGAGCUUCAACCACACAGCUUUCACUAUGCAGACCUGAAGUACGUGAAGGCUGUAUACAAUCCAAACGUCAUUGACUCAGACUCAAGCAUUGACAAGCUGUAUCGUUCCAUGGAGGCCAUUUCACAGCACUACCGUCAGGAUAACAGCAAUGACUGUCUUAGUAGGCAGGAUCCUCCUCCGUCCACUCCUGCACACCCAACACCACCACCUCCCCCUGCCCGUCUUGACAGUUUCAUUACCAUCAGGAACCUCGAGAACUCACGGGUACGGCAGAGUCCCGAGGGACAGGUUGCAGAUUUGCCCUACCUGAGGUCGCAGGUGGCUGAUUCCAGUGCCUCCAGUUCUAGGCCCGAUUCCGGCCGUGGUCAUCGGAUCUUUCAGCAGUUUCAGAGGGACCAACUGAACCGGAACGUUGCGGAUAAGACGCCUGAGCCGCAGAAGUCAGCAAGUGUCCUAAGCCGAUUUCCUCCCCGUGCAAGUCAGCCCGGGCACCCACGGCUGCAGCAGCAGCAGGUCAUAGCUGGCCAGUCUGAGAAUCUGCGGAAAAGGGCUCAUACAAUUCAUGGGCACCCUGAGCAACAAUGUGCCAUCAACUCCUGGCAUCCAGCUAGUAACACGAUCAAUGGAAAUAUCCAGCACAAAGGACCGUUCUAUUUUGUUACUGGCACAUACAAGUCACCCGAGUGUAACGCCAAACAAACUGAACGUCCUUCAGAAGACUUUACAGUUGAGCACCGCAGUCCAGCUGAAAGAGAACAAUGCCGCAGCGUGAUGGAUAACAUGGUUGUGGGUGGCCAGCACAAAAGGCAGAACAGUCGUGAUGUCUAUAAUGAGCAGGAUGAAGCCUUGAGUAUGAAAAGCCAAGAUGAAAAUCAUCCUAGAGAUAGUGAAUAUAAUCAUGCUUACAAUUCAGAGAACAUCUAUGGCAUGGAACAGAGCCAGAAGGUCACGAAUCGGGAAAUUGGCAGAUAUCACACCACAAGUCACCCUAUCUUCUACUGUGGCCCAGAGGAGAGUGUUCCUUCUCCACCAUCCAAUAUGCUUGAUCAAGCUAAUAUGUCCACAGUAUCUGUAAAGGACCAGACCGUUCACCAGAAAAAAGAUGAUCAGCUUAGGAGGAAUAAGAAAGAGCCUUUUGGAGAACUGUCCUGUGAGAAGAUCAACAAGGAGACCACUCCACUGUUGUAUCAUCUCACUGGUGCCAACAGAGCUGCACUCAUGAACACGUUCAAGAAUCGUAGCGAGCCUGGUAAGGAGUUCAAGAACACAGAGUGGACCAAAAGCAACCACCAGAAAGGAGGAAAAGAAGACUCCAGUUCCAUAGGUUCUAGCACUGACUCACAGCACAGUGCAAUAUCCAAGGAGGGGAUGCCAGGGAUGCUUUCUGACACCUGCAACACAUUGGACGAUUCCUUCAAAAAAUAUUACAAAGAGAAGUUAAAGGAUGCCCAGUGCAAAGUUUUAAGAGAAACCUCAUUUAAAAGGAAGGACCUGCAGGUCUCCUGUUCUCAAAGGGUCAAGCACUGUCUUCAACAGAGGCCUUCAGUCCUACCCACUGUAUCCCAGGAGACGCAGCUCUCUUUGGAGGACUCCGGCCCUUCCCAGUACAUCUCUCCAGGGAUGGACAAGGAGAAUGUGAUGGAAAUCACAAAAGAUUGUUUCGGCGAGAUUGAGGAAAGGAUUGAAAGAGAAAUCCAAAAUGUGGCCCAACCACAGGUAGCGCGUAUAGGGGGCAGGAAACGACUAACUGCAGAGCAGAAGAAACUGUCCAACUCUGAGCCUGAGAAACUUCAUCACCUGGCUGAUGGGAUCUCUCAUGCGACCUGCCACUCACUUGACAACGAGACGGAAGGUCAAACCACAGAAGAUACACAGGGCCUGGUCGCUGCCAGGAGGAAGGUGUUUGAAAUGCGGGGUCGUGCUUUGUCUGCCUCCAGCAUAUCAAAGACUUCCCUCAAGCAUCUCCAGCACAAGGCCUUGGUAGCUUAUAUGGAACGAAAAACAGGUAACAAAGGUGCAGAGUCCCAGCAACCUAUUCCACAGGUACCCAGCCAGAGGCACUCUACUGCUGGAAGACCGUUAGAUUUCGGAUCAAGGGCUCAGCCUAACAAUAUGGGCUCCAAAAAGAAACAGCAUAGACCGCUCUCGGCGGGUCGCAUUCUGGAUUCAUCGAUGAGCUCCGUCAGGUAUGCUCAGUUCAGCUCUGCUCAACCUAGUGGCCACACCCGUCAGUCCAGCUGGAAGGAGACGCUGCGUCCAUAUUCAGGGAAGUCUGCGUCAGUUGAGAAUCUCCUUGAUCAGCCUGAGGCACCAGGUGGCUAUCGCGCUCGUUCCACUUCAACUCCCCAUACCUUCCAGGUCCAGAAUAGUACAAGCAUUGCUCCAACUUCUCAAAUGUCAAGCCACCAGAGGGUCGAAGCAGAAACAGCCGUGCAUAAGAGUCAUGCUGCAUCAGUCCCUGAUGAGCGACGCGUGAGGAUGGUGAGCCAGAGAGGGAAAUCUAUGGAGGAACUCGGGGUGACGCGAGUCAGUGAGCCACUGGGUCUCAGUAAGAGCUCUGAACAACUGGACCAGCUUCUGUCCCAGCACACGAGACUGGGGAGAGAGAAGAGAGCGGUCUCAGUUUCCCAUGACAACCAGGCUAAAAUCCCGGAGCACACCUUCAGGAAACCUUUCCUCAGUCAAGGCUCCACCCCUCUGAUAAUCAGCUUCGAUGAUUCCGUUACUGGUCCAAGGAACCACUCUCCAUCUCAAGCCACAGGACUGGCACCUUCUACACAGGCCAAGGCCUUGUCCAGUUCUCCAGCCUCCUCCACCUCAGGCUCUGUCCAUGGAGACACUGGUGUGGGUUCUCACAAUGAACAACCCCCUCCACCAGCACAGGAUCAGGAGUAUAAUGACACAGGCGUCAGAUCCAUUUCCAUGCCCAGUCUGCUGAAAGGUCACAGUGAAGGUGAUACAGGAGACAGUAAAAUUAAGACGGUUGCUCCACCGCAGUCCCCGACAAAGGAAUUUUCAUCAAAGGAUGAGAGCGAGACAGAGAAUUCUAACCCUAGUCCUAACCUCAGUGAAGAGGUGUGUCUUAGCCCCGGGGUUACGACCGAUCGUAGUCUUUGGGUCUCGCAUCCUGAAGCGAAUGAGAAGGAGGCUGAGUGUUCACCAGGUCAUGAUAAGAUGGAUGUAAUGGAAGACAAGAUGCCACUGCCUUCCCCUCAGGGCAGUGAGCACCAGAGAGCUCAUUCCCACACUGUGCCUGACUUUGAUGUUAGCCAGGGCUCUGAAGAGGGAAGGGAAGUCGAGACAAAGGAACCGGAGUUGAAUGAAAAUCCAGUAGGGGAAGCCGAGGGGAUGCAGGUGAAUGGUUACAAAGACCAGUCACCAUGGGAGGUUCUGGUAGAGGAAGUGUUAUCAGCGGACCAGUCACUGGCCCGUGCCCUGCGACCUGUAACCAAUCGAAAGACUGCGUUAAUGUUGAUGGAGCAGCUGUUGUCAGAGGACACUCUCCUCAUGGAAGAGCACUAUAAGACAAAGCAAACGCAGAAACUCAGCAGUGAUGAACAGCCCAUAAAUAGUGCUGAGACGGCCGAAGAUGUUGAGAAACCCCCUUGUGCUUUGGAUCCGACAGACGAGGGCGUUAGCACGACCCCCCAGGCACAAGACACCAAGUGCUUUUCAAACAGUGACAUCACGGAGAAGAAGAGGCAGCUGAUAGCGCGCAUCGAAGAACGGCUUCGCUCUCUGGAGGAGAGCCGUUCCUCUCUGCUUGGGGAGGAGGAGGCGAACGGGGCUCGGGGCAACGCCAUGGAGGCGCUCGUGCGAGAGCGCUGCGUCCCGGCAGAACACGAGCGUUACAUGCUUUUCGUCGGCGACUUGGAGCGCGUGGUGAGCCUGCUGCUCUGCCUGUCGGCCCGUCUGGCCCGGGUACAGAACGCCCUGAGCACCGUGGACGAGCACACGGACGCAGAGGAAAAGCAAUCUCUGGACAACCGUCACCGCCUUCUAUGUAAGCAACGGGAAGACGCCAAAGACCUGAAGGACAACUUGGACCGACGAGAGCGCGUGGUGUCCACCUUUCUGUCCAAGCACCUGACGGAAAGUCAGUUUCAGGAGUACCGACGCUUCGUCCAGACCAAGGCCUCUCUGCUCAUCCGUCAGAAGGAUCUGGACGAGAGACGGCAACUGGGAGAGGAACAGCUGGAGGCUUUGCUCAGCAGUCUCUCCUCCUGAACGGAGGCACACGGAGGUCACAGAGUUUCUUCUCCACCCAGUCACACCUGCACCGCUCAUUACUCAUCUGCCCAGUACAAGUUUGCCUUCCUGCUAUAGUUGUGUUUCUGUCGAGGGUUUUCCAGAGUAAACUCCUGUAGUUACAGUUUUUAUGCAGAUUGUGUCGAACUGACUUUGAAAGCACUGUGUGAAGCUUCAAGCUCAAAGCGUGAUUGGGGUUGGAUGCUACGGAUGUGAAACUUUCUUAUCAGCGAAAGGCAAAAUAGGAUUCCCUUUUUAAAAUGACUUAUCUCUCACUCAGUCACUCAGCUCAAGUAAAGCAACUCUAAAUAAAAACCAAAAAAAGGAAGGAUAAAAAAAAGCACUUUGAUACUUGACUGCACAUUUCUGCUGUACAUAUCUUACUUUCUAAAAAAAAGAAAAAAAAAAAGAAUAGAAAACAGUUUUUGUUAAGCUAAAAAGCACCAAGCCUUUAUCUCAUCCCAUGAAAUGUAUUUAUUUGAUUAAUGAUAAGAAGUAAACGUCCUCACAUUGCCAUUAGAUAGCACAAAUAUGUAAAUGUAGCUUUGUGAGUGUGACUGUUGAGUUGAAUUUGUUGAGUUUUGUCAUUUCAACGUUGCAUAUUUCAUUUACCAACAUCGCAAAACCUACAGGACAUGUUCUCAAGGUUAUGUCUUGUACAGAAACUGUACAAUUUUUAUGAAUGGAUAAGAGUAACAGUGAAUUUCACAAUGGAUUCUUCAAGUCCACCUAUGUUUUCAUAAGGUUAGCCAGUGGUAAUGAAUGUUGUGGUUAUUUAACAAAUGGUUAUGAAUAACAGUGGAUUUUAAAACUCGCUCUCCACCUAGUUAUCCGUUUGUUCAGGUAACGCUCCACUCAGAUCCUCAGUGAAAAGACUCAUGUAAUGGUUAAUGCAGCAGUUAAAACAAACGUCCGUCAAAGCUUUUGAAAGACUUUCAGGAGACUCUCUCCAAAACUAUGAGAGUUAUUGGGCAGGGCUGGUCUAACAGAUUUUUGGUUUUAAGUUCAAAGACACUGUAAUGUGAGCGAGGUCCUUUUUUGCGCGCUCUCUCUCUCUCUUUUUUUUAAAUAAUACCUAUAAUAGAGCAUUAUGAUAUGUAAGUGUCACACAUGAGUAGAUUUGUGAAUUGUUAAUGACACAACAAUCUGCCAUUUCUUGUGGUAACAUUUCAGCUGGUUCCCACAGUCACUGUAUAUAACACAUCUAGACAACCAUCUGUCAUCAUUCUUGACAUUUUUUUCCCCACACAAUUAUGGAAAUUAUGAGUUACGUGUCAUUUUCAAUAACUGUUUUACCUCUCUGUAAAAGAAAAAGACACCCACAUAAUGAGGAGGUACAUCUGUUUAUCUGGAUUAAUAAUCUAUGGUUGUGAAUUUUUUAGGGCAGUGUCUUUCCAAAUCCCAUACGGGGGCCUUUUUUUCAAUGUAGCCCCGCUCUAACACCCUUCAAUUAACUUAUUCAUGUUUUCAUUAAUAGACAAAGUGUACAAGACAUGUCGGCAAUGGAUUAGUGUGAUGAUUUUCCCUCCACUGGAGCUCCAGGGUUUGGUUUGAAAAAACAGUGCUCUAAGGAAUUUGUUUGAGAAAGUUCGCACCCUUUUCCUGUUGUAUACAGUGUGUUUGCUUUGUGCACGUUUGAUCCUAGAUUUUCAGUGUUUCCCAUGAGAAAAAAUGAUCUCGGUUCUGGCCAUUGUUCUCAAGAUGAAUUGUGUUAUUUUGCUUCUUAACUGACAGUCAAACAAUUUCAUAAUUGAUAAACAUCUCAGCACUUAAACUAAGUUGUGCAGUUGUACAACAUAACAUACAACAUAUCUUGAAUACGCUGUUCCAUUACUAAGACAAGUUAGAUUAAUUCUCUGGGUUUUUUUUUUUUAAUUCUUUGGAGAUAAGUAUCCAUUGCCAAGUUGGUUGCUUAAACAAAGGAGUGUUUGUUUUGGCUUUUUGUACAGAGGGCAGCCUCAAAGGUUUGUCCGUGUUUAUGCGGCCUCAAGGAAUUCCAAAAGCAUAUGAAAAACCAGCGGUGUUCUCCACAGAAAACACUCUACCACCAACAAAGCUGCACAUUUUUGCCUUCAACAGCCCUGGAAUGUUUCCUGUUAUGUGUAUAUACAUUUACUGUGUAAUGUGUCAUUUCACACUGGUCUCGGUGUCGUCAAAAGGCGGCGUUCUGUUGUGGUUUCGGAUCAGGCUUUGCUAUUCCAGGCCCAGCAGUUCCCCUAUUCGGACGGACCAAGGAAUUAUGUAACGGGACUUGAGCCUGUCUGUGAAAUUCCAUUGUCCUACGAGUUGUUUGAACCACAUGUGUCUUCAACGCUUGGUGUUAAAUGUUUGCUGUUUGUGAUUACGUGCUUUGAGGAUCCACUGCUGUUUCUGUUUUUCUUUGUUUGCUACUGCACUGUUGUGCUGUAUAACUCUUUUUUUCCUCUUUAGGCACGUGUUACUGUUUGUAAUGUUUAAGAUAUGAAUUUCAUUUUUUUGUUAUAAUGUGAAUAAAUUGCAUCCUUCUUUUCUGUCCA